AUGGCCAAUAAUUUUGAUUCAUCAAAAUAUACAGAUAAUAAAGCAGCGGCAAGUUUGAACAUACAAGAUGACAAAAAUAAAUCAAAUACCAAUAGCAAUUCACAGCGUUCUGCGUAUAAAAAUGUUUGGACGCGUCAACCAUCAAGUGACGCGGACAAACAAACGAGUUCACCCGAUGAACAGCAAUCUCCAGUUUUUAUUAUUGAACAAAAAACAAAACCAUAUUGGGAAACUGGAGAAGAUGAAGGUCAUGGAGCAGAACAAACAUCGUCUUAUUAUCAACAAGAAUAUUAUAACUAUGAAAACCCAUAUAAAAAGAAAGGAGUAUCAAAUAAAAUUGAUCGUUUUGUUCAACGUUUUCCUGUAUUAGGUAGAUUUUACAAACAACCACCAUCUGUAUUUGAUAGUAGUGAACCAGGUCAACAAUUUAAUUAUGAUGAAAUGUUUAAUUCUAUUGUUUCAAAUUCAAUAACAAAUGAAUUAACUGCUGAUGAUUUAACUUUAAAUGAACGAUAUUCGGAUAAAAGACGUAUACAAUAUAUAAAACUUCAAGCAAAAGAUCAAACACAACCCGUUGAUAUUUCUAUUCAUCAUCAAACAAAUAAAAUAUAUUUAUGUGAUGUUGGUCGAAGUCUUGUUGAAAUUUUUGAUAUUAAUGGUACACGUGAACAUGUAAUUAGUGGUACAGUUAUGAGUAAAUUUCAACCAACAGCUAUAGUUGUUGCUUCUGAUAGAAGACUUAUUGUUGCAAGUUAUUUUAAUCAUUGUCUUCAUAUGUAUUACCCAAAUGAUACUUCAAAUCAAGUCAAUUGUUAUUCUUAUAAACAAUUUAAAUUAGGUACAAAAGGUAAUCAAAUACAUCAAUUUUAUAAUCCAGCUGGUAUUGCUGUUGAUAACAGUGAUGGAUAUUUAUAUGUUUGUGACCGAGGAAAUUAUCGUGUACAAGUUAUUACACCUGAUGGUAUAUGUGAACGAAUAAUUGAAUUAUUUAUACAUAAUAAAAAAAAUUACCCAUUAGAUCCAGUUCAACUUGCUUUUCAACCAAAAUUUGGUCGACUUGUUUGUAUUAUUGGUGGUACUGCCAUAUGUUUUAUUCCAAAAUAUACUAAUGGACCUGUAUAUGUCAAUCCAUUAUAUAUAACUGAUACAAAUGGAUUAGGUCUUGAUAAUGCUUCUGGCUUAGCUAUAGAUACUCAUGAUCGCAUAUUUAUUUCUGAUACAGAUCAUCAUCGUAUUGUUAUUUGUACACCUGACGGUUAUUUUAUAACAAGUUUUGGUAUGGAAGGUUGUGGACUUGGUCAAUUGAAACGUCCAUGUGGUUUAGAUAUAACAAAUGAUGGAACUGUUGUUGUUACUGAUUCUGGAAAUAAACGAAUACAAUUAUUUGGUUUAAUACGUGAACGAACACCUGUAACAAACAAUCCUCGAAGAGAAAGUUCUAAUGUUAAUAGUGGUUUAUUCCUUAUUGAAGAACAUGAUUUAGCUGCAACUAUGUAA